GCGGUGAAAAAAAAUUCUAUUGGUGAACAAUUAUCAACCAUGAGAAGCUCAUCAUCCGCAUUCGCCUUAGUUCUCCUACUCAUUUGUCUCAUCCACGGGAACGAGGUCGUGGCAGAAAGUUAUACGAAGCUCUGCCAUUUUACUUAUGUCAAAGCGAGCAGCCUGAACGGGUGCACUCGCCGAUCAUGCAACGACGCAUGCCAAGAGAGAUUUGGGCAAUUUGUUCUUGGGUGGUGUGAUUGGAUGGUCUUUUGCUUCUGCUACAAGCCUUGUGGCUGAUAAUUGAUAUUCAUUAAAUUGAUCAUAUGUACCUGGUUAGAAUAAUGUUCAUAAAGAGGAUCUUGCUUUCUAGUCGAUCAUGAGUUAAAUAAAAAGUAUGAGUU